AUGCCUGGCAUAGAAUAUGACUAUGGCAUUAGCCCCAAAUUUGUUUGCACCCCAAUUCCCCCAGAAGCAGACCCCAGCUGCUAUUCCCCACCCAGUGUGCCCCAUGGACCAACGAGUACUAAUGGCCACACAAAUGGCCACAAUGGCAGUAGCCGGAGAGGCAUGAUGUCUGACGAAGCCAAAGCCACCAUCUUACACCUGCGUGAGAGCCUUGUGAGGCAAAAGGAGACCAUCCUUGACCAGCGGGAGACCAUCAGGGAGCUGACAGCCAAACUCACCUUGUGUGAAGGCUUUGGUGGUCACCAUAGCACUGAUCACCACGACAACCAUCAUGAUACCCAUCAUGAUAAUCAUCAUGACGGCCACCAUGAUGACCAUCACGGUCAUCACAGCAACCACCAUUCACCCUCAUCUUCACACCACGGGCCUUCAGCAUAUCACAGCAGCGAUCACCACUACCCCCACGGCAGCCACAGGUCCGACCCCCACCACAGGAAGGGCUCCUCAUAUGGAAAGCACAGCUCCUUCUCCCCUGAACAGACAGGCAAAACACUGCAGACUCUGAAGGAGAGGCUGGAGAGCUUACAGGCCAGGAACUCCUCCAGCUCCUACUCCAGCUCCCUGAGGGAACUCCUCCAGCGGAAGAUCACCGCCCUCGAGGACCAGCUGCACAGCUACUACCGAGAUCACCAUGACUACGGUCACCAUAACGACCACCAUGAUGAUCACCAUGAUGACCACCACGAUGACCAUCACGGUAGUAGCCACCACAACGACCAUCACGAUGACCACCACGAUGACCACCAUGGCAACGGCCACCAUGACGACCACCACAACGACAACCAUGGUGCCGGUCACCACGAUGACCACCACGAUGACCACCACAGUAAUGAUCACCAUGGACCUGGACACCAUGAUGACCACCAUGAUGACCACCAUGAUAAUCAUCACGGCAACGACCAUCAUGACAGCCACCAUGGUAACGAUCACCACCCACGGAGGCUUCCCAAUGGCAGCAAGGAAACAGCGUUGCGAGGCGCAGGGCACAGCAAACUGGAAACGGUGCUCAGCCAACUGCAUCACGGCAACAAUGACCACGGAAUCCACAAGAAGCUAAAGAGUCCCAACGCUUUCCUGCUCGACUUCCCCAUGAAGACUAACUACAUGUACGCCAGGAUGAAGCGGUCGGUUGUCAACGAGAUCUUUGCCAUGACCAUCUGCCUGUGGCUGAAGGCAGGUGCUGGUCCGGGCCUCGGUACUCCCUUCUCCUAUGCUGUAGCUGGACAAGCCAAUGAGUUGGUGCUCAUUGAAUGGGGCAGCAACCCCAUGGAGCUGCUAAUCAACGACAAGGCGGUGACAUUGCCCAUAACCAUGACAGAUGGGAAGUGGCAUCAUGUGUGCAUGACAUGGACGACACGGGACGGUGUCUGGGAGGCCUACCAGGACGGGGUGAAGAAAGGCUCAGGUCAAAACCUGUCAGCCUGGCACCCCAUCAAACCAGGAGGGAUCUUCAUCCUGGGCCAGGAGCAGGACACAAUGGGAGGCCGCUUUGACGUCACUCAAUCCUUCAUUGGAGAGUUGUCUGAUCUCCAGUUCUGGUCCAGAGUCUUGACGCCCAGUGAGAUCUAUGGCCAGGCGACCUGCGGAGGCCACCUCAUUGGUGAUGUCAUCUCCUGGUCCGAUGAAGCCGUGGAGUUGCAUGGAGGGCUCACUGAGCUCCCCUUUGAUCCCUGCCACUAA